AUGGGUGUUGGUUGGAUACAAACAAAUCAAAAAAAUGAACCAUUAACCUUCUCAGCAUCAGUUGAAAAUUGGCCUUCUUCAACAAAAACAGAGGUGUUGGCUAUACUAUCUGCACCACCUGUCACUCCACCUGAGAGCAUAAUACAAGAUACAGUAUCUGAACUAAAGCGAAAAUACCAAUAA